CCUCAAAAAAAUGUAGCAGACCCUGCGAUGUCCACAGCCUCGCAGCUUGGCCCAGGGUCCAACCCGCUGCCGAACCUGAACGAGACCAGUUCUUCCAGCGUGCCUCAUGGUGCUGCCCCCGGCUUACGGUCAGACGCUGCAGGAGGCGGAGGCGGCGGCGGCGGAACAGGAAAGCAGCCUUCACAGUUCGUUUACGUCUUUACAACGCACCUGGCUAACACAGCUGCAGAAGCUGUCCUGCAGGGUCGAGCUGACUCCAUUCUGGCCUACCAUCAGCAGAACGUCCCACGGGCAAAGCUAGACCAGGCGCCAGCUCCUAAAGUGCUGGGGGUUGCUGAGCCGAUUCCGAUUAACCCUCCUGCUGCCAACACUCCACAGUCCCAGCCACCGGCACCUCAAGCGAGUCAGCCACAGCCGCAGCCUCCCCCACCGCAGCCUCCGCCUCCACCUCAGACCAUCAGUCAGACACCUUUGCCUGCGCCCAGCAGCCUGCCCCAGGAAGGGACAAGUGAAGAUGUCCGGAGAGAUCUGACUCCCAACUCUUUGGGGAACAACAGCGGCAGCAACCAGCCUGGAAGUAACCACCCAAAUACGCCCACCGCGUCUGCCAACACCAUGCAGCCUGGGCAAGUGGACUCCUCCGCCACGUCCAGCUCCAGCCUCCUCGGGGAGGGCCCAGGCCCAGGGAUGCCAGGGAACGGGCAGGCAGGCCUGGGCCCCCAGGAAGGGCUCUCGAAGGAGCAGCUGGAGCACCGAGAGCGCUCUCUGCAGACCCUGCGGGACAUUGAGCGUCUGCUGCUGCGCAGCGGGGAGGCCGAGCCCUUCAUGAAGUCCAGCCAAAAUGCGGGUGAGGGCGGGACUGCUCCUCAGCCACAGGCUGCCCCUGCCCAGCCCUCUGCACCCCCCGCCAGCAUGAAGAAGUAUGAAGAGCCUCUGCAGUCCAUGAUCUCCCAGACCCAGAGCCUUGGUGGGCCCAGUCUGGAACACGAGGUGCCCCACCACCCAGGCGCUGACAUGGGGCAGCAGAUGAACAUGAUGAUGCAGCGGCUGAACCAGGACAGCCUGACACCGGAGCAAGUGGCCUGGAGGAAGUUGCAGGAAGAGUACUAUGAGGAAAAGCGACGGAAAGAGGAGCAGAUCAGCAUCCACGGCCGGCCCAUGCAGGAGAUCAUGAUCCCGCAGUCGAUGGGGAGCAUGAUGAUGCGUGGGCCCCCACCACCCUACCACAGCAAGCCUGGAGAGCAGUGGCCGCCAGGGAUGGGCAGCCAGCUGCGGGGACCCAUAGAUGUGCAGGACCCUAUGCAGCUGCGGGGAGGGCCACCCUUCCCAGGGCCACGGUUCCCUGGGAAUCAAAUGCAGAGAGUCUCUGGCUUCGGAGGGAUGCAGAACAUGCCCUUGGAUGCUCUUGGGCCCAUGAAUGCCAUGCAGAGGCCAGUCAGGCCUGGCAUGGGAUGGAGCGACGAUAUGCCUCCUAUGGGAGGCCCUGGGAACUUUCCGCAAGGCACCCUGCCCUACCCAUCAGGGCAAGGGGACCCCGAAAGGUUCAUGAAUCCCCGUGCCAGGGAGGAGAUCCUGCGGCAUCAGCUGAUGGAGAAACGCCCAGUGGCAAUGCAGAGGCCCAUGGGGAUGUCCGGAAACUCCAUGAGCCAGGGCAUGGAAAUGGAGAGGAUGAUACAGGCUCACAGGCAGAUGGAUCCAUCCAUGUUUGCUGGCCAGAUAACGGGGGACAGCCUGAGCACUGCCCCGAUGGGAAUGGAUUUUGCAGGCACUCGGGGGAUGCUGAGCCCCCCUAUGAGUCAGUCGGGCCUUCGGGACAUGGAUGCACCCAUGGGCCCUGGCAACCUCAACAUGAACAUGAAUGUCAACAUGAACAUGAACAUGAACCUCAAUGUCCAGAUGACCCCGCAGCAGCAGAUGAUGAUGUCGCAGAAGAUGAGGGGCCCCGAUAUGAUGGCCCACCAGGGCAUGAGCCCCGAGGAGCUGGCCAGGGCAAGGGCUCAGAAUGGCAACGGCAGUGCAAUGCUGGGGGGACCCCAGAAAAUGAUGAUUCCCUCCCAGUUCCCCAACCAAGGACAGCAAGGCUUCUCGAGUGGGCAAGGGCCUUACCCCAACAUGCCCCAGGAGAUGGGCAGCGGCUCGGACAUGUUCAGCCCUGAGCAGGGCACCAUGCCUGUUGGGAGCAUCAGUGGCACCACCAGGCUCAGCCACAUCCCUCUGCCUCCAGCCUCCAAUCCCACUCCCACGCAAGGGGGCAACCUGGCCAACAUGCACCCAGCACCUUCCCGGGGGCUGGGCCGCCGGCCCUCUGACCUCACCAUCAACAUCAGCCAGAUGAACUCCCCCAGCAUGGGUCACCUCAAGUCUCCCACUCUCAGCCAGGUGCACUCGCCACUGGUCACCUCCCCCUCUGCCAACCUCAAGUCCCCACAGACACCCUCGCAGAUGGUCAGCAUGCCACCUUCAAACCAGUCUGGACCCCUCAAGUCCCCCCAGGUGAUGAACUCCUCGCUUAACGUCCGGUCUCCAACUGGCUCACCAAGCCGCCUGAAGUCCCCUUCUAUGGCUGUUCCUUCCCCUGGUUGGGUGCCAUCUCCCAAAGCCACCAUGCCCAGCCCAGGAGUCAACCAGAGCAAGCAGACGCUCAGCAUGAACUCGUCUGCUUCCAUGGGAGGACUGGAUCAGGGUUCUCUCCCUUCUGGGCCUCGGAGCAGCUCUUCCGCGCCAGCCAGUAACACCUCUAGCACCAUGAAUCCCAACAUGCCUUUUACUUCCUCUCCAGAUCCAUCUCCCUCCCAGAACCCCCUCUCACUGAUGAUGUCCCAGAUGUCCAAGUAUGCCAUGCCCAGCUCCACACCGCUUUACCACAAUGCCAUCAAAACCAUCGCCACCUCUGAUGACGAGCUGCUGCCAGACAGGCCUAUGCUCCCGCCUGGAAGCAUGUCAGGCGUGACGGGGAAUCAGCCGAAUCAACUGCACUUGAACUCCGUGGGGCCUGGAUCCUCUCAGAGCCCCAUGGGAAUGAACCUGCCUGGUCAGCAACCCCUCUCCCACGAACCGCCCCCCACCUCCAUGAUGUCCUCCCCAAACCCUCUAGGCUCCAACAUUCCUAUGCACCCGAGUGCGCCGGGGGCGGGCGUGCCCCCCCAGAACCCCAUGAUGCUGCCUCCGGGGCCCCAGGACUCGUUGAACCAGCAGUGUGGCCCCGUGCCUAACAGUUCGCAGAUGAUUCCUCCCAACCAGCUCGUGUUCCCCCGCAUGCAGCAGCCCCACAAUGCCAUGCCGUCUCCCGCCGGAGGCAUGCCCAUGGCCCCUGGAGGGGGAGGUGGCCCUGGGAUGCAGCAGCAUUACCCGCCGGGGAUGCCCUUGCCGCCUGAGGACCUUCCCUCCCAGCAGCCCAGCCAGAUGCCCCCUCAGCAGCACAUGAUGGGCAAGAACAUCCCUCCUCGGAUCGGCGAGCCCUACCCACCCGUGCUUCCAGGGGUGGCGUCAGUGCUGAACGACCCCGAGCUUAGCGAGGUCAUCCGCCCCACGCCCACGGGUAUCCCCGAGUUUGACCUGUCCAGGAUCAUCCCAUCGGAGAAGCCAAGCAGCACCUUGCAGUAUUUCCCCAAGAGCGACAGCCAAGCGCCCAAAUCGCAGCCUUCCAACCUCCACCUCAUGAACCUGCAGAACAUGAUGGCUGACCAGCCCCCAGUGCGGCCAGGUAUGAAUGCCCCCAGCCUCCCUGGGCAGCAGGGCGUGCAGAGGGGACUCAGCAUGCCCAUGUGCCAUCCUGGACAAGUGCCCAUGCUGGGCAGGACAGGCAUACCGCCCCAGCAAGGCAUGAUGGGCAACAGCAUGCACCAGGGCAUGAUGUCUCCGCAGCAGAGCCUGAUGGCCCAGCAGAAUUUCAUGCUGAUGCAGGCCAAGCAGAGGAGCAUGUCUGUGUCAGGGGAGAUGUAUGCUCAGACAGGACACAUGAUGUCACCUCAGGGCUCUCUCAUGGGGCCCCCGCCUCAGCAGAACCUCAUGGUCACGCACCAGAUGAGGCAGAGGAGUGUCUCCCUGGACAGCCAGAUGAGUUACAUCCCCGGGCCUGGGAACAUGGCGAACCUGCCUUUCUAA